CUGACGUUCAAGUUCGUAGGGACGUCACGUCCGCACUUGAACUUGCAGCUCAGGGGGGCUUUUGCCAUUUUUUCAUCUCUCUCUCUCUUUUCAAAAAAGCCAUGACGGCUAUCCCACAAUCCAUCUUCCCUGCGCCAUCUUUGUAUUAUUUCUAAUUUAUUUUGGAUGUCAAAGGCAUUGAUGAAGAUAUUUUCUCUGGAGUCUCCUUUCUAACCCGGCUCUCCCGAUGUGAACCGAGCUCAAAGCCACCACCAACCACCAUGUCUCGCCGCAAGCAAGGCAAACCCCAGCACUUAAGCAAACGGGAUUUUACGCCCGAACCUCUGCAAGCCAUUCUUACAGAUGAUGAGCCGGAACAGGGGACACUGAGAGCUCCAGAAGGGGACCACGACCUUCUAACUUGUGGCCAGUGUCAGAUGAACUUCCCUUUGGGGGAUAUUCUUAUUUUUAUUGAGCACAAAAGGAAGCAAUGCAAUGGCAGUCUCUGCAUGGACAAAGCUGUGGAUAAGCCACCUUCACCCUCACAAAGUGAGCUGAAAAAAGCCUCCAAUCCUGUAGAGGUUGGCAUCCAGGUCACGCCAGAGGAUGAUGAUUGUUUGUCAACAUCCUCAAGAGGAAUUUGCCCAAAACAGGAAAAAAUAGCAGGCAAAGAUGAGCCCAGCAGCUAUACUUGCACAACCUGUAAACAGCCAUUCACUAGUGCAUGGUUCCUCCUCCAGCAUGCACAGAACGCCCAUGGGUUCAGGAUUUACCUAGAGAGUGAGCAUGGCAGCCCCCUCACCCCCCGUGUGGGCAUCCCUUCAGGAGUGGGUGCCGAGUGCACCUCCCAGCCCCCUCUCCAUGGGAUCCACCUUGCCGACAACAGUCCUUUUAAUUUGCUGCGGAUACCCAGCUCUGUUUCCUCCCGGGAAGCACCUAGCAUGCGAGAGGGCCGCUUCCCGCCCACACCCCCACUCUUCAGCCCCCCUCCCCGGCACCACCUGGACCCUCACCGCAUGGAGCAGCACCUGAGUGCCGAGGACAUGGCUCUAGUGACACAUCACCCGAGUGCCUUUGAUAGGGUGCUAAGGCUCAACUCCAUGGCAAUUGAUCCACCAGCCAUGGAUUUCUCCCGGAGGUUGCGGGAGCUGGCUGGAAACACCACAGGGUCUACGCCACCCCUGUCGCCCAGCCGGCCCAGCCCUAUGCAAAGGCUGUUACAACCAUUCCAGUCUAGUGGAAAGCCCCCCUUUUUGGCCACUCCGCCCCUCCCAACCUUGCAGUCGCCAGCUGGUACCCCAUCAACUCCCAGCCAGCAACAACAGCAGACGUCCUUAAAGUCCAAGUCGUGUGAGUUCUGUGGCAAGACUUUUAAGUUCCAGAGCAAUCUUAUUGUCCACCGUCGGAGCCACACAGGGGAAAAACCUUACAAGUGCCACUUGUGUGAUCACGCCUGCACCCAGGCCAGUAAGCUAAAGCGCCACAUGAAGACCCACAUGCACAAGUCCUCGCCCAUGACGGUCAAGUCUGACGACGGCCUGUCCACAGCCAGUUCUCCAGAGCCAGGUACUAGCGAGCUGCUGGGCAGCGCCAGCAGCACCCUCAAGUUGGUGGUUGCCAAGUUCAAGAGUGAGAAUGACCAUGGCUGUAUGAUCCCUGAGAACGGGGAGGAGGAGGAAGAGGAAGAAGAGGAGGAGGAGGAGGAGGAGGAAGAGGAGGAAGAGGAAGAUCUGAUGGAGAACGAGGGUGAAGGGAACAACUACCACUUCAGUCUCAGCAUGGAAGCAUCCCGCCACCACGAGAAUAGCAGGGGGGAGGAAGGGAUCCCACGCUCGCUGCCAGAGGUCAUGCAGGGCAUGGGCAUGGCAGCGAGCAUGCAGCACUAUAGCGAGGCCUUCCACCAACACAAGCGCAGGGUGCUGUCUUCAGAGAGCGUCGCUCAGAGAGACAUGUGUGAUGAGGACUCUGUGGUUGGGGAGUCAGACCGGAUGGACCACGGCUCUGCCAUCAAUGGUAGGGGCUCUUCUCCAAGUGAGUCGGCCUCGGUGGGCCUGUCCAAGAAGCUGCUGCUGGGUAGCCCCAGCUCCCUGAGCCCUUUUUCUAAACGCAUUAAAACGGAGAAGGACUUUGACCUGCCGACCACAGCCAUCCCCAACACAGAGAACGUUUAUUCCCAGUGGUUGGCUGGCUACGCUGCCUCCAGGCAGCUGAAAGACCCCUUUCUGAACUUCGGAGACUCCAGACAAUCGCCUUUUGCUUCUUCCUCAGAGCACUCCUCAGAGAAUGGCAGUUUACGCUUUUCUACUCCUCCGGGCGAGAUGGAUGGAGGGGUCUCUGGCCGAAGUGGUACUGGAAGUGGAGGGAGCACGCCGCACCUCGGUGGCCCCGGAAGGCCCAGCUCUAAGGAGGGCCGCCGCAGCGACACAUGCGAGUACUGUGGCAAAGUUUUCAAAAACUGCAGUAACCUUACGGUCCACCGCAGGAGCCAUACAGGGGAGAGGCCGUACAAAUGUGACCUCUGUAAUUACGCCUGUGCCCAGAGUAGCAAACUUACCCGGCACAUGAAAACGCAUGGCCAAGUGGGAAAGGACGUUUACAAAUGUGAAAUCUGUCAUAUGCCUUUUAGUGUGUACAGUACCUUGGAGAAACACAUGAAAAAAUGGCACAGCGAUCGCGCCUUGAAUAAUGAUAUAAAAACUGAAUAGAGAUGUAAUUACCCCAACCACCCCAUCUAGUUCCCUGUAUAUUUCCCUUUUUGGUAGUCCCUUGUGAUUGCAACAAUGGAAGCUAAGGAUAUAAGAAAACGUGCUUGUCACCAGCACACCUCGUUUAAUUUACCGUUGAAUGCAUGAUCUGUAUCGGGGCAAUACUAUUGCAUUUACACAAACUUCGAGCCUUUCUCUUGUGCAAUAAUUUAUAUGUUGUGUUUUUUUUUUUUUUUAGACAGCAUGUAUGGUAUGUUAUGGCUAAUUUAAAAAAAAAUUGUCAGUGGUUGGUUAGUUGAGUAAAUGUGUUGCUGUUUCCUCGGUUUUUUUUAUUAAAAAAAAAAAACGAACUACCAUGCUGCAUACAUUCUGUAAUACAUAUCAUGUACAGUUUUGUUUUGUAACAUGGAGGACUACAGUCUUUUGCUUAACCCUCUCUGGACAGGCUAGGAAUCGCACUUAACAUGUCUUUGUAAAAGAUAUUCUGUCCAAAAGAGGUUAAAAUAUGAAUUGGGUUAUUUAGAAAAAAAAAAAACAAAGUGACAGCCUUGAAUUUAUAAAAAAAAAAAAAAAAAAAGAAAAAAGAAAA